AUGUCCAUUGAUCUGGAGUGGCACAAGUUAGAUGCCACCCUCGCUUCGUCGCUCAUCGAUGCUCUCAACAGGCAGCUCACCACAACCACAAGGCCAUCAUUCAUUGGGCCCGUUGAGGUAACCUCCCUUGACUUUGGCUCUGCAUCGCCCGACGUCGAGCUCAUAGACCUGCGCGACAUCCACCCUGACUUCCUCGAAGACGACGACGACGACGACGGCUCUUCGUCUGACCACUCGGAUCCCGUCAAGGUUACCGAGGGCGUGUACGGAGACGACGACGACGGGUUCGAGUGGGUCUCGAGACGGGCUGCGAGGAAGGGCGUGGGCGACGACGGGCCUGCAUACCAUCAUCUCCCGCCCCAUAUCCGCUAUGGACGCGGGCCCUCUGUCGACCUCUUUUCAUCGACACCAGCGCUGCAUUCAGGGAUGCAGCGCGAUAUAUGGAGCGGUGGGGCCAUGCAUAUGAGUGUACCGAGUCUGGGUGACUUUCGUCCUGUCACCCCUGCGCGUCCCAGCCCUUCGUCUUACCGCAGUCAACUGGACAGUUCUCCAGACUCCCUAAAUCUGCACCUCCACAUCACCUGGCAUUCAAACCUCCGUAUCACACUCACGACGUCACUCUUAAUCAACUAUCCCUCGCCCAUGUUCAUGGCGCUCCCUAUCAAACUCUCAGUCACGGGCCUUGUGUUCAGUGGUGAGGUUGCUGUCGCGUACGAGGGUGCCCGUCGGCGUGUGCAUCUAUGUGUGUUAGACGACCUUGACCCGUAUGGACCUGCUUGCGGUCGCUCUCAGAGUAGUACUCCGCCAGAUGCUGGCAUGGACGAGUCACGCCCAGGGAAACCGCUCCCCGUUGGUCAACGCUUACUACCGUCCAUAUUGAUCGAGAGCGAGAUAGGGCAGGCAGACAAGCAUGUGCUCAAGAAUGUAACGCGAGUGGAACGUUUCAUACAAGACGUGAUACGAAAAACUGUUGAAGAGGAACUUGUGUUUCCUAAUUUCCAUACUUUGAUCAUGGGUGACGAGUAGGCUCUGCUGACCCCCUUAGUCUUGCAUGUCUUGCAUUCUCUAUACGCUGUACUAGUACUCUCAUGGCCUUACAGUACUUAGAUUUUCGCUUUGAUUCCGUCAACUCGAUUUUAGAUCAUAAUUGCGAUUUCAUAAAACAACUCAUUCAUACAC